GAUAUCCAAAACAAACUUAACAUUGCGCAUAAAACAAUAAACAAAUAUUUAAGUACACCAUUGGCCAUUGCAAAGGUUGAUGUAAUUGCUUUACCUGAACUAAUUACAAUUCGAUUUGCUAGUGCAUGUGGAAUACUGAUAGUGAGAGAGUCUGAAUUAUUAAAAAAUAAUGUUUUCGCCGUAUCUCGGGAACUUGUUUAUCAGUGGAUUGGAAUAUGGAUAACACCCGAUUGGUGGACUGAUGACCAUGUUAAUAAAGCGCUAAUUAAUUAUAUAGCAUCAGAAAUCGUGUUUGAAAUAAAUGGCGGAGUAGAGUUUAAUGGAAAAUACCCCAUGACGAUUCUUUACUCAUUGUAUUAUGAGUUAAGCAAGAGGUAUCCCCACUCGCGAUUAACAGGAAUGAAGCACGAGUCCACGUCUAUUAAAAUUGAGCUCAUUAUUCGAAUGCUUAGACUCUCUUUAGGAGAGAAGACAUUUAAAAUCGGAAUUCAUCGAUUUAUUAACGAUUUUAAAUGUAAAACAUAUAAAUCCUCUGACUUUUGGAAUGCACUUUCCAAACAAGCACAAGAAGAUGAAGUGCUUGACAGUUCUUUUAGUAUAUUGGAUAUUGCUGAGUCUUGGGUAAACCUGGAUCGGCUGCCACUCAUCACUAUUAAAAGAGACUACAAUUCAGGAACUGCAAGUAUACAUCAAAAGGUGUAUCUUAGGGAAAGGCCUCAUGAUGUACCCGAUCAAGAAAAAAUGCUUUGGUGGAUCCCUAUUGCGUUAGCCCGGGAAGACACUUUAAGCUUCGUUAAAUAUUGUCCAUGCAUAUGGAUGAAUAGGACAAAGCAAUUGCAAAUUUCUAAUAUGCCAAUCAAGAAUAUGUUCAUAAUUGCUAACCCAGAGGAAAUCGGUCCAUUCCCUGUUAACUAUGAUCAACAAAAUUGGAAUAUGUUGUCGAUUUUUCUAAGGACAGAAGCCAAAAGAGAAUCUAUACCAAUAUAUACAAG